CAGAGCCAAUAAAUGGGAAAGUAAUGGUAAAAAGGGCUCUUCAAAAAUCCCAUGACAAACCUAGAAUACAAAAGGUUUCAGAAAACUUUUUAGAAGAUGAUUUCUACUUGGAGGAUCCAAAUGAAUCUCUAAUAGAUUUGCUGAAUUCGAUCGCUUUUAAAUAUCUUUCAGGAUGUACAACAGGCAUUCUAUACGAUUAUUAUUCAGAAGAACAAGAUCAUGUCUUUUUGAAGAAGUUUUUUCAACGAUAUCGCCUGCCAUAUGUUCAUGCCUCUAUACCAGAAGAUUUUAGGAUUCAACUAGAUGAACUUUUUAAGGCCAACACAAAUACGUGCUUCCACCUGUUAAUUUUUGUAAAAGAUGUUAUGAAACGUCCGGAAGUCAUUAACAAAAGAAAGGAAAGAGUGGUUAUAGUAUCCAAAUCGUCCCAGUGGAGGGUACAUGAGUAUUUAUCAAGCGAACACUCUCAGGGUAUCCCUAAUUUAUUAGUUAUCGUCCAGUCUGAUAAGCCCAUGCCCAAUAAGCAAGAACAUCCCUAUAUAUUGUACACGCAUGCGCUAUACGUCGACGCUUUAGGCUCAAGUAAACCGAGAAUCUUAGCCUCUUGGGUCCAUGGGAACUUCUCGAAUAAUAUCGACCUAUAUCAACCCAAGAUCAGACAUGGAUUUUCUGGACACAGGUUUAUUAUUGCUGUAGCGCAUCAACCUCCUUACGUCAUAAGAGUGUACGAUAUAAAAUUUUAUGUACUUCAUUGCCGAUGUUUCCCCCGAUACUACACCAUCCUCAGGGUGCUACAAUGAUAAAUUAAAAAUAAGUCCACAAGCAAUACUCAAAAUAAAAAUAGUCCCUGAUGUUUGACUAGUAGUUAAGGUUGAAACGUCGGCCAUAGAAAGGUCAAUAAGGUCACUUUUAAUUUUUUUCA